GUUGGGGUGUAGGCUAAAUACUUGUGUGGCGUUUGUUUGACGUGACACUCCCCCCUUGUCGAUGGGAGGCCGACGUCACCCUGCCAGCGGAGGAGUGGAUGGCCUCUGUAAUAAAAAUACAUGAAGAGAAUUGAGGAAAAGGAGAAGAUUGGCCGGGGGGAAAAGCAACAACACGGCGUUUUAUUCCUUUCUCUUCGCCCCGCUGCUGAGCCAUGGACGUAAACGCCUUUUAACACAAACCGGGAUAUAUUUCGUUUGCGGCAUCGACAGCUCCGGCUGAAAGGCCAUGUUAUGUGUGGCUUUCUUGGUUUUUUGAGCAGACAGAGAGAGAUAACUGUACUGUAUCCCAGCCUAGCGGAUUGGAGUGAAAGUCCGCCAUAUUCUGCCUUACCACGCCCGGGAGUCGAGCCAUUGUAAAAUAAACGGACAGCUGUAUUCAUGUGUUUUUCCCGUUGUUGCCCUCACCCACGGACGAUAACUUGAGCACGGGGGAUUUUUGUUGAUUGAAAAAUACCAACAUUGAGGACUUUGAAGACAGGCUGGCCGGGCACGGAUGGCAACGCUUAACGAGAUCACAGCACGGAGGAUGUGUCUUAAAAGGAUCUGUUGAUCAUAUUGAGAAGGAGAAGCAGAUUACACCAAUUAAGAUUGCACAGAUAUUCAACUCAAACCGCUUUGGACACUGUUUUGAAGCUGUCGGGAAGCCACAGAGAGCGAACCGAAACGGGGGGAGGGGGGGUCAAUAAUUUCUCAAAUAUCUAAUUUUUCCUUUUCCACCACAAUCUGUGCGCUGUUCGGGCUCAUUAUAAAGGGCGUCCACGCGUUAUUUCACCACAAGUAGGCCUGUAUGAGGACGUUUUUUUGGCACACACAGGCCUCUGCUUUUUUUUUUUUUUUUACCCCGACGAAUCUGAAUGAAUCAGUAAGAGGGAAAAAAGUGCGUGUUUUUCUUUAAAAAAAAAAAAACAAAACAAAACAAAAAAAGGAGCGAGAAUGACCCUGGAAUCCAUAAUGGCGUGUUGCCUCAGCGAGGAGGCGAAAGAAGCCAGGCGGAUCAACGACGAGAUCGAGAGGCAGCUCCGCCGGGAUAAGAGGGACGCACGCCGGGAACUGAAACUGUUGCUUCUCGGCACAGGGGAAAGUGGGAAAAGCACAUUCAUCAAACAGAUGAGGAUUAUCCACGGUGCCGGUUACUCUGAUGAGGACAAAAGGGGUUUCACCAAACUGGUCUAUCAGAACAUCUUCACAGCCAUGCAGGCCAUGAUCCGAGCCUCGGAGACGCUCAAGGUCCCCUACAAAUACGAGCACAACAAGGGCAACGCCAACAUUGUGAGAGAGGUGGAUGUAGAAAAGGUCAGCAUGUUUGAGAAGCCUUACGUAGAUGCAAUCAAGAGUUUAUGGAAUGACCCGGGCAUCCAGGAAUGCUACGAUCGAAGGAGGGAAUACCAACUCUCAGACUCCACUAAAUAUUACCUGAACGCGUUGGAUCGGAUCGCCGAGCCAUCUUACCUUCCCACCCAGCAGGAUGUGUUGAGGGUCCGAGUCCCCACCACGGGCAUCAUUGAAUACCCGUUUGACCUGCAGAGUGUCAUAUUCAGGAUGGUGGAUGUCGGAGGUCAGAGGUCGGAGAGAAGGAAGUGGAUCCACUGUUUUGAGAACGUCACAUCCAUCAUGUUCCUGGUAGCGCUCAGCGAGUACGACCAAGUUUUGGUGGAGUCGGACAACGAGAACCGGAUGGAGGAGAGUAAAGCUUUGUUUAGGACAAUAAUCACAUACCCUUGGUUCCAAAACUCCUCAGUCAUUCUCUUCCUCAACAAGAAGGAUCUGCUGGAGGAGAAGAUCAUGUACUCUCAUCUGGUUGACUACUUCCCAGAGUAUGACGGUCCUCAGAGGGACGCCCAAGCAGGGCGAGAGUUUAUCCUCAAGAUGUUUGUGGACCUGAAUCCAGACAGCGACAAGAUCAUCUACUCUCACUUCACCUGUGCCACUGACACAGAGAACAUCCGUUUCGUCUUUGCUGCCGUCAAAGACACCAUCCUGCAGCUCAACCUAAAGGAGUACAACCUGGUGUAGAGCGGAGCGGGGCUGCCGACGGGAGGCCCUCAACACACACUGACUGACGCAAUCUGUGAAAAGAUAGAUCAUAUACACACACAUGAAAAGAAAAUCAGAGAAAAAAAUCUAAUGGUUGCAUAAUACUAAUUUAUUUGCCAUUUGUUGGUCUCUUGGUCCCCAGGAGAUGAGCAAAGUAAAUGUUAUCUUGCUAUUUAAGGAGUUGAUGAAAUAUAGG